ACCGUGGAACCCCUCGGAUACAUGUCAGGAAACAACGACUGGGAGCUUUGAUUUCGAGCUGAACGUCGGAUAAGACCCGUGUCGGUUUAUUUAUUCAGGCGGACUGGGGGAUCACGGACUGCGUGUUUUGGAAAACACACGCACACGCGCACGCACGCUCAGUCACAGGUUGCUAGCGGAGUUAACGCUAACCUAGCUAGCCUAGUUAGCUAGCUGCGGUUAGCCGUGUGUUCCCAUUACCCGGGACUUCGACCAGCCGGGGCUAAACUUAAAAACAACCAGUCAGACAUUUUCCAGACUGUCUGCCGCAUGAUUCAGGCACGAUGUGGUGUUUUUUAGGACGUUUAUCAAGUUGGCCGGCCGGUAGCAUUGGCUGACUAAAGCCUAACGUUAGUCCCUCGGUUGUCUCGCGACCUGGAUUUUUACUCCUGGAUGUGUUUUUUCUUUCUCGUUUUUUCCAUUUCCAUUUUUUUUUUUUUUUUGGGGGGGUUUAAGUGGACUUUGCCCUCGGGGUGUUGUAACUCCCCACUCUACAUUAACUUUUAAAAAGCCUCUUUUGAUUCCACUUGUGUUGGAGUAUUUCAAAACUUUUUUUUUUUUUUUUAGGAGGUAGAAAGUUUUGGGAAGUUGAGGAUUUUUUUCCGAGCUUGUGGAAAAAUGGAUGCGGGUAUAGAGAAGGAAUGCAGCGCCUUGGGAGGGCUCUUCCAGCUCAUCAUGAACGACAUGAAGGCCAGCUAUCCAACCUGGGAGGACUUUGUAACCAAAGGAGCCAAGCUACAAUCGCAGCUCAGGACGACUAUCGUGGUGACCGGAGCCUUCCUGGAUGCUUUUCAGAAGGUGGCAGACAUGGCAACCGGGACCAGAGGUGCCACCAAGGAGAUUGGCUCAGCGCUGACCAGGAUGUGUAUGAGACACCGCAGCAUCGAGUCCAAGCUCAAACUGUUCACUACAGCUCUCUCAGAAGGUCUUGUCAAUCCGCUAGAGUUGAAGAUGGAGGAGUGGAAAAAGGUGGCCAAUCAACUGGACAAAGACCAUGCUAAAGAGUACAAGAAGGCCAGAGCGGACAUCAAGAAGAAAUCAUCGGACACUAUCAAACUGCAAAAGAAGGUGAAGAAAGGGAAGGACGAGGUGAGAGGCCAGCUGGACAGCGCGCUGCAGGACGUCAACGUGCGUUACGCCGUCCUGGAGGAGACAGAGAAACGGGCCGUGUGCAGGGCGCUAAUAGAAGAAAGGGCGCGCUACUGCAGCUUUGUCAGCAUGCUGAAGCCUGUACUGGACCAUGAGAUCAACAUGUUGGGUGAGGUGACCCACCUGCAGACUAUUCUGGAAGAUCUCACCAACCUGACAGCUGAGCCCAAUAAACUCCCAGCUGCCAGCGAGCAGGUGAUAUUGGACCUGAACGGGUCAGAUUUCAACUACAGCUAUCAGACACCCCCAGCUUCUCCCAGUAACACUCUGUCCAGAAAGAGCAGCAUCAGCAGUAACUACCAGUCUGGAUCAGUGAGACAUGUUCCCUCCUUGGACUCCAUCAGCUGUGCUGUUGAUGGAGUACACAUCCAGGAUGCAGUCGGCUCCACCAAUCAGCUUGCUGCUGGGGGGAGCGGACGGGCAGAGAACGGCCUGUUGGCCCCCCCACACAACGCCUACUCACACCAUGGAGAGAGAGCUCGAGCCAUGUCGGCGUCCGGGAAGACUUGCUCUGCCCGGGAUCAGCUGGCCUUGACGUUGGGUGCGUUGAAUUCAGACGCCCCGAGGAGCAGCAGGGACUCUCUGCACUGUUCCAGCGGCUACAGCACCCAGACCACCACCCCGUCCUGCUCCGAGGACACCAUACACACACACACUGUAAAGAGAGAUCCUCCCCUCUAUGUCGACUACGAGUCCAUCUCUCUCCACGGAGACGCCGACUCCAUCUCUUUACACCACCUCUCCCACGCCAACAGCCAGUCGGACUUCGACAAGUCCUCGACCAUCCCGAGGAACUCCGACCUCAGUUUCCAGUACAGGAAGUUUGCUCAGUCCCAGCGUCCCGCCUCCACCGUCAGCCUAUUGGCCGAGCCCGAAUUGUUUGGCCGGUCCGGCCGCCAGCUGUCGUCCCACACGGCAACCAUCAGGCGCAAACCGUCGUCCAAGCCUGCGUAUCGCAGGGGCACGAUAGGCGGCGGGGUUCCCAUCCCCAUCUGCACCCCGCAGGUCCCCCUCAAAGCCGUCAACGCAGAAAAGGACGGCAACGACGAUAAUGUCUUCGCCACACCUUCUCCUGUCGAAGCCGGAGGAUUAGGCUUCAGUAAACUCUGCACCUCCACCCAGAGCCUCAGCGCCUUACCUCCCUCCUCCCCGUACUACCAGCUGGUCCCGGGUCAGAUGCCGAUCCCCGUGCCCGUACCCACCGUCCCCUCCCUGCCAUCCGAGGGCAGCAGCGCCAAGCAGCAACAACAGAGACUGUACCAGCAACAACUACAGCAACAGCAGGAGCAGAUCCACCAACAACUAAAUCAUCAUCAGCAACACAGUCAACUACAGCAGCACAACCAGCAGCUCCAGAUCCAGCAGCAGCAACUACAGCAACAGCUUCAGCAGCAGCAGCAACUCCAGCAACAGUUUCAGCAUCAGCAGCAACAGCUUCAACAUCAGCAGCAACUCCAGCAACAGUUUCAGCAUCAGCAGCAACUCCAGCAACAGUUUCAGCAUCAGCAGUCCCUGCUUCAGCAGCCCGAGCAGCUGCAACAUCAACGCGACCGGUCUGAGGACCAGCAGAAACAGAAGCUCCAGGCCGAGCUCCAGGCCGAGCUCCAGGCCUCCACGGCCCAGGGAGAGCCCUCCAGUGUGGGCCACAGCGCUCACCGCCAGCCCCAGGCUCCCCCGCCCUCCAGCCAGCACCCGGACCUGGAGCCGCUGACCCAGGAGGGGGCAGGUAACAUGCUGACCCAGAUCAGACGGGUGAAGCUCAAAAGGACCCUCACCAACGAUCGCUCCGCCCCUCUCCUGCCUCCUCCUCCGACCAAUCACAAAUGAGGCGGGUUGUUUUGCUUCCCCGCGCUGGUUUACAGCACAGACGGCACACAUGAAACAGACAGACUUCCUGUUACAAAACAGCUUGUAGACUGAUUCAUCGCUGGCAUUUGACGUGUGUCUUAUUUUAUUUUCUUAAUAUUCAUUUAAGGCUGUAUAUUUACUUUCUUUUUAAAAACAAAGAUACGAGACUUUGCCAUUUCAUUUCCUGUUUCUGCCGCGGAUGUCUUUUGCCUUCUUUUCGUUUUUUUGGGGGGUUCAUGUUUGCAUUUCAAUUGUGAGUUAAGGCUUUGUCCAACCCGGUCUUACCAAUAGAACUGUUCAUUGUCUUAGUUAGUACUUCCUGGUCAGAUGCUCGUCAUGUGGCUUGUUAAUUAGCCCUGCAGGAAACUCUGCAAUCCUGUGUGUGUGUGUGUGUGUGUGUUUGAUUUUCCUUUUUUUCCAGACUCCCAGGAGGGUGGGGUUUAGUGUUUAGUCCUGUAGCUCUGCUGUGUCACCACGGUGUGUGUGUGUGUGUGUGUGUUGGUCCAGAGUGUCUGAACAGUGAGUGUUAGGUCGGGUCCCAGUCAUCUUAAAUAGUCAAAACACAGAACGGGACGCUCAUGACUCUAAAACUGGGUCUGUAGGUUGUAAAUAUGUUAAUACAAAAACAUCUUCGGGAGCACCUAGGGAGCUCGGAUGUUUCGCUAAACCAAGCUCCCCAGGCUGGUCCGGGGUCAGUCACUUUCUUUGACCCGUACAGACAUUUAAACUGAAGAUGAGUCACAAUUUCACCUUCACACGGCAACAGUUUCCAUCCCGGGGAUGCCAAAUGGUGCCGCUGAGGGCUACUGGUUGUGGAAAAGGACUACACAUGUUACUGUGUGUGUGGGAAUGUCUGGUCCAUCUGUGUAAAUAUACUUAGCAGCUUAAAGAGACGAAUAGUAACAAAGAAGAAGGCAGUGAUUUGUUGGCAACUUUUAGCGGCAACAUUUGUUGUUUUAGGAGAAGCAGUCGGGGAUAACGGAUGGCGUUACAGCCGAGAAAGGAGCGGGCUCUGAGAGGUAGAACUGUAGGGAAAAGUGGAUCCCAGCUGCCGGUGGCGUGCAGGUCAUCAGCAGGACACAACGCCGUGUUGGACGAGCUAACUGAGCCCUCUGCCGCCGCAGAAAAGACACCUUUAGACAUCAAUUCAUGUAAAAACUAGAGACUGAUAUUAGUUAUUUUCUAAAGAAGCCCUUAAAUUUGGUUAAAAGGAAUUGUGACCAAGACUUCCUCUGAGUGGACAAACUAUAUAAUGGAGCCACUGUUUCUGACCACAUACAUAUAUUUUUGGCAUUUCUUGUUAGUUAUUAACCGCCAUAUACACCGGUACAAAGACAUGACGUUACCAAUAAACAACAAGAAAUAUCAGUACAGAACGGCCUCAUUUUGAAACCGUGUUCCCAUUACAAAUUUUGUCCAUCAGAGACUAAUGCAUUUCUUAUUUUUUGCACUAUAAAAUUUCCAGUUAAGAACUUUUUUUCUUGGUCACAACUCUUCUCUCGCCAAAUUUAAUGGCUCCAUGUCCGAAUAUCAGAAUAGGUGUUUAUAAUAAAGUAUCAUUUGCCGAGUCGGGGCCAAAGUUUAAUAAAUCCAUGCAAUCAUUUAAUAAUGAUCAUUUAAGAUAAUUUGCUUUUAAGGCUGCAAUUAAUCCAACUAAUUUGUCUUUAAAUUGCUAGAAAAUAGUUUAAAAAACGGUCUUUGCAUGUUAAGUUUAAGCUGGAACUUUUAAUUAUUUUGCUUCAAAAAGGACAAUGGAUUCAUAUUAGAUGAAUAAUCUGUCUGUUGAUCAAUUGUUUCAGCUCUAAUUAAUUGUUUUGCCAGUUUAAACGGACAUUUUCACACACGAUAUAUAACCUCAGCUCUUCGAUUUUCUGUCGGUAGACGGAGGAAGAGAGUCCCUCCUCCAACAUGGCGCUGUUCAUCCUAACUAUCGGGACACAAACCUCUAUUUAACAGAUCUCUUGAUUUACUCCAAAGGCUGAAAAUCGGUGCAUUUUACUUUCUAAAAAGUUCACAUUAAAAUACUGCUUCCACAGAUACAGGAUCUGAUCUGUUCAAUAAAGACACUGCUGGAAUUU